AUGAUAAAUCACAUAUCUGCCGCCGACUUCACUACUAAUGAUGUGUCGGUUGUGAUAACGUCCACCAAUUCUAAGAGAACCACACGUAACAUACAAUCAUUGAGUAAAAGUGAAGUUAAGUCCAGUAAAAGCACUGUCGAUGUCAAUGGCAAGGAUAUCGUGAAGAGCACUGAGAUUACAAAAGUGUCUAAAGAUGUUGUGGAAGAGUCUAAUGAUCAGGAAUUAAGUGUUACACCAAAAAGGAAAUCUCAAACUAAACCCAUAUCUUCGUUACCAAAACGAUUGAAAUCUAAUGGAAAGCUGAGCGCCAAUGAGGACAUUGGCGUGAAUUCUCAACCGAUAAAACUGAGCGCCAAUGAGGACAUUGGCGUGAAUUCUCAACCGAUAAAACCUCGAAAGUCAUCUCAAGACUCAUCAAAUGUUGUGGCCAUAGAUAUGGACGCUCUGUCCCCAGAAGUACAAAAGCAAGCCAUCGUUGAGACGCCAAUUAACAAAGAGAUUGAAACGGACAACACGUUUGCGACCGAAUCGGAUAACAAAUCUCUGUUUUGUUUAUUUUGUGACCAAUUCUUUGGUGAUAAGAACGAAGCCGUGACUCACUAUGUGAUGCAUUUGUGUCCACUGAAGUGCGUGAACUGCAACCGACUGUUCGCCACAUACGACCAGUUCCUGCGAUCCCACGACUGCGGACGCCCCAAGACUCCCCAAUACAUUGAGUGGUCGCGACAUUAUAGCGACACAAUCGUCUGGAUCAACCGAUUCCUCGAUUUCCAGUUGUCUGAAGACAUUCAUUUGUUUGCGUCGAUCACUCACUCCGAUACGAGUUGUAUUGUUUGCCAAAAAGCGCAACAAUUGACGCCUGACUUCCCGAUCAACCGUCAGCUCAUGCAGUCGUUGCCCAUCGAGACGCACAUCGAGAAGCACUUGAAAUACGAGACACAAUAUCAGUGUUUGAUUUGUUCGCUAAAUAAAGACAAAUAUUUCUAUUGUAAGACAUCAGCACAAGCGGAUCAGCACGUGUUAGAGGAGCACAAGGAAUACCGGUGCGAGACUAAUGGUGCUCUGAGUGACUCAUUGAAGAUGUUCUUCGAUNCACAAGCGGAUCAGCACGUGUUAGAGGAGCACAAGGAAUACCGGUGCGAGACUAAUGGUGCUCUGAGUGACUCAUUGAAGAUGUUCUUCGAUGGAUCCAUACCUAAAUUGGAUGACAUUGUGUUCCGUUCCUUUAACCCAUAAUUGCAUUCAUAGCUCACUCAUCGACAUAUCAGUCAACACUUGUUUUCAGUUUU